AUGGACUCAGUCCUCGUUCUACAAUCAUGGACUCGGUCCUCGUUCUGCAAUCAUGAACUCAGUCCUCGUUCUACAAUCAAGGACUCAUUCCUCGUUCUACAAUCAAGGACUCAUUCCUCGUUCUACAAUCAAGGACUCAUUCCUCGUUCUACAAUCAAGGACUCAGUCCUCGUUCUACAAUCAAGGACUCAUUCCUCGUUCUACAAUCAAGGACUCAGUCCUCGUUCUACAAUCAUGGACUCGGUCCUCGUUCUACAAUCAUGGACUCAGUCCUCGUUCUACAAUCAUGGACUCGUUCUGCAAUCAAGGACUUGGUCCUCUUUCUACAAUCAUGAACUCAGUCCUCGUUCUACAAUCAUGGACUCGUUCUGCAAUCAUGGACUCAGUCCUCGUUCUACAAUCAUGGACUCGGUCCUCGUUCCACAAUCAUGAACUCAGUCCUCGUUCUACAAUCAUGGACUCAGUCCUCGUUCUACAAUCAUGGACUCGUUCUGCAAUCAUGGACUCGGUCCUCGUUCUACAAUCAUGAACUCAGUCCUCGUUCUACAAUCAUGGACUCAGUCCUCGUUCUACAAUCAUGGACUCGUCCUGCAAUCAUGGACUCGGUCCUCGUUCUACAAUCAUGGACUCAGUCCUCGUUCUGCAAUCAUGAACUCAGUCCUCGUUCUGCAAUCAUGAACCCAGUCCUCGUUCUACAAUCAUGAACUCAGUCCUCGUUCUGCAAUCAUGAACCCAGUCCUCGUUCUACAAUCAUGAACUCAGUCCUCGUUCUGCAAUCAUGAACUCAGUCCUCGUUCUGCAAUCAUGAACUCAGUCCUCGUUCUGCAAUCAUGAACUCAGUCCUCGUUCUGCAAUCAUGAACCCAGUCCUCGUUCUACAAUCAUGGACUCAUUCCUCGUUCUACAAUCAUGGACUCGGUCCUCGUUCUGCAAUCAUGAACUCAGUCCUCGUUCUACAAUCAAGGACUCAUUGCUCGUUCUACAAUCAAGGACUCAGUCCUUGUUCUGCAACCAUGAACUCAGUCCUCGUUCUGCAAUCAUGAACUCAGUCCUCGUUCUACAAUCAAGGACUCAUUCCUCGUUCUACAAUCAAGGACUCAGUCCUUGUUCUGCAACCAUGAACUCAGUCCUCGUUCUACAAUCAAGGACUCAGGUUACAACAUUGUACGACGCGAAAGAUAUCAAGGCGAACACGAUGGUGUCUGUGUCUACGUUAAAAAUGCUAUAAAGUACGAUAUUUUAUCAGAGCUUGUGAGCAACGAUUUCGAAGCCAUUUGGCUAAAGCUAAAACCUCUACGUCUCCCAAGAGGUAUAUCAUGUAUUAUACUAUGCAAUCUUUACCACCCCUCUAGAGGAAACGAUCAGGAUUUAAUUAACUACUUGUACGAGGUUUUAACAACAAUUGAGGCACGAUUCACCAAUUGUGGCAUAAUAAUCCUUGGAGACUUCAAUAAACUAAACCUUUCCAGACUGAAAAAUAGUUUCAAACUAUGCCAGAUCGUCAAGUUUCCAACUCGUGUCUCUAGUUCCCUUGACCUGGUACUUACCAACAUGAAACAGUUUUAUGAUGAACCAACUAAACGUCCACCUUUUGGCCUCUCCGACCAUUUAUCAGUCGAAAUACAACCUUUGAAGAGACCAACUAAUCGAAAGGCGAAAUUUUAUACGAUCUCCCGGGACUUGAGACCCACGAAACGGCUGAUAAUGCGGAAAUACUUAGAAGAAGUGGAUAUUAAGGGCCUAAUCGAAACGCAAAACUCAUGUAAUGCAAAGGUAGAAAUGCUCGAAUCAAUAAUUAACUAUGGACAAGAUACAUUACUACCCUUAAAAUCCAAAUUGAAUGUCUCCAAUGACCCCCCUUGGAUCUCUCAACCAUUAAAAAAAUUGAUCCAACACCGACAAGCCGCUCUAGCUCGUGGUGAUGAGACACUGUUUAAAUCCUUAAGAAACCAAGUCAAUCGAGAACGCAAGUCGUGCCGAGGAAAAUUUUAUUCAUCGAUGGUUGAAUAUUUAAAAACCUGUUCACGGGCGGAGUGGUGGAAAGAAGCAAAAAAACUGAGCGGUAUCUCGUCACAGGUUCGAGUAGACCCAAUCUCUCUCUUACGGAACUUGGAUUGUGGAUCCGAAAACAAUCCAACUGAAUUGGAAGACCUGACCAAUAUGAUCAACAAAACAUUUUUAGAACCUACAAAAGAUUUUGAUGCUCUACUUCCGGAAACUGGUGAUGAUAUACCAAUAGAAAAUAUACGAUCGUACCACGUAUCUGAAAUGUCUGUCAGCAAGAAGCUAGCCAAUCUAAUUAAAACUAAAGCAACAGGACCUGACGGUAUCCCGGCCUGGUUGCUGAAGGGUUGCUCCGUAGAGUUGAUCUGAAUCAAUAUGGUGCGAUCCCAAGAUCAAGCCCCGUGUUCGCCCUCCUGAGUAUGAUUCAUAAGUGGAACGCAGCCACAGAUGGAACGGGGGCAACAGUUACACUAUUCGACUUCAAAAAGGCGUUUGACUUCAUCGACCACCACUUGCUACUUUCCAAAAUAAAGACGUAUGAUUUACCUCAAUGGGUGUUUAAAUGGAUCAGAGAGUUUCUCACAGGAAGAAAACCACGGGUCAAACUAAAUCAAAAUUCUUAUUCAGAUUGGGCCGACAUUUCAGCUGGUGUUCCACAAGGCACUAAGUUGGGGCCGUGGCUGUUUAUCAUAAUGAUAAAUGACUUAAAGAUUAACGAUAGUAAUAUAUGGAAAUUUGUGGACGAUACAACUUUAGACGAAAUUGUUGGGAAAAACGAAGAAAGUAAAGUUCAAACCCUUAUAGAUGACCUAACAAGACAAAUCUCUGAGAGCCAAUUCAAACUUAACGAAACUAAAUACAAGGAGUUACGAAUCGGAUUCUGCAAACCAAGAGCAAUGUUUGACCCUAUUAUAGUAAAUGGAGAAAUGUUGGAAGUGGUCGACAGUGCUAAAAUCCUUGGUCUGACGGUUUCUAACAAUUUGAAAUGGAACAAUCACAUUGACCAAAUUAUAUCAAAGGCGCGAAAGCGUCUCUAUUUCCUCUCCCAACUUAAGAGAGCAAGAGUUGGCACGAAAGAACUUGUCCUAUUCUUUACAACGUGCAUAAGACCAAUCCUAGAAUACGCAAGUCCUGUAUUCCAUAAUGGUUUGACAAAUUACCUCAGUCAGGAUUUGGAGCGGAUCCAAAAGAGAGCAUUGCGAAUUAUCUUACCUUGGGUCUCAUAUGAAGACGCUUUACAAUCAACUGGCCUCCAACGACUCAGCCAUCGAAGAGACGGUCUUUCAGACAAACUAUUUGAAGAAAUAGUGACUGAUGAUAGCCAUAAGCUUUAUAAUCUUCUUCCACCACCUAAUGAAACUGUUCAUAUGACUCUUAGAUCCAGUCAUAGUUUUAACGUUGCAUUUCAGGCUAACCGUUUUAAAAAUAGCUUUAUUAUAUAUAAUGCAUUAAAUUAUUUAUCAUAACAUUAUUAGAACAUUCUUAGAUCCUUUUAGAGACAUUUAAUUGUAUAGUAUUUUAAUAUUUUCUUAACUUGUAAUUCAGCCUAUUGGCUGCAAUGUUUAUAAUUAUGUAAUAAACCAUCUAUCUAGAUGUGACUGCAUAAUUUUUGCAUGUAUAUUUUUAAUAAGUAAUAGUAUGGUUUCUCGUGCAAUUUGCAAAAACAUCCACUCGUGAGGUUUUUUUAUCGUCUUUGAAAAGCGCACUGGUGCAUGUUUUCCCCAAAUUGCACUCGAAACCAUACUAUUACCUCUACAAACAACAAUUAAUUUUCGAAAUAUAUACGGCAGGUAUGUUAUUUUGUAUUUGUGAGCUUUUAUUUAAAUAUUCAAUUUAUGCAACGCAAUAAAGUGCGGUUUAUGAAGUGAUAUGUCCUGGAAGACUCUGUUUGUCUUAAGGAAAUGCCAAUCUGCCAUCAAAACUACUGUGCUUUGAUAAAACAAGGCAUUAUUUUCUGAUCAUGCUGCCAAAAAGAGAUUGAACCCUGGCAACAGCACGUGAACAACUGAUGCACUUGGGUUUAACCAAUCAACUCUAUAAAUAUGUCCGUCGCAACAAUACAAUGGCCCCAUUCUUAUUGAAGGGCAUUUAAUUACAGGCUAUACGCUUCACAAUAUUUUAGCCAGAGCGUAUUAAGCUACCAAAACCUGGUAUAGGAGAAAAACCACCCACCACCCCAGAGGCGAACUUGCCUGCUUAUACCAUAUAUAGAUCUAUAUAUAUAUAGAUAUAGUAAAAACACGGCCAAUUUUUCCGUACAAAAUUGAUGUUCAGUAAACUUAAUUCAUGCCGAUGCCAAAUUUUCAAUGAAUAGGAAUCGAGGAGCUUGAAACGAGCUUUAGAAUAUAAACUGGGUCGUUUUCUCGCGAUAUUUAUCCAUUCACAAAUUAAAUAAUGAAAACAACAUCCAUAACAGUUAUACAAACACGCUUCUCGACCAAUCAACUAUGAAAUGUUAUCGUAUUCCUUUCUUUUGCAGACAACAUUCUAUCACCAACCUCUACCUUAUUGCAACAUAUCCAAAAUAUGGCAAGGUUAGCGAAUGAAGAAUAAUAGAUACGAAGGGUUUAUACGGCUAUCCACUAUGCUGGAUGUUAAUUUGCAAAAAUACCUGAGAUGCUGUGAAACUACGAAUAAAGAACUUGCCGCGAUGUCGAUUCUGCGACGAACAUUGCAGGCGGCUUAAGAUAUAUGAAAACCGUCUGCCGUAAUUUUGGCCACCACUGAGAAAUCAACAGCAUUUGUUUUCUUGUGACAGUCGACGGUAAUCGCAGACACUCGCGAUAAUGAAACACAUGAAAGUUCGCUAGCUGUCGGCGACGCAAAAUAUUUUCCGUAGACAGUCGGACACCUCAUUGAUUGUCGGACACAUUGAACCGCGUCCAGUCCUGCGCGCGUUACUGCGACGCAGCCGCCAAAUUCUGAUAUGUGGCCAAGCUAAGGAGUGGAAUUUUUAUUUUCUUCUAUACUGUUGUUUUUCAUUCAUUUUGGUUGGAGGAACUUCAAUGGAUGAUUCCAGCUAUCAACUAAUUUUUUAUCUAGACAAGAAAGACGAAAUCUAUCAUUAUAGCUCAAAAGAGCAUCUUACAAUUAGUAAAAUUGCAAAGUUUGGUUGCGAAAUGUUGUAAAAUACGAAAAUGCUCUGUGAAAUCAGUGUUACCCAGCAUCGUACAACCGCGGCCCCAGUUCUUCUUAAUUUAAAACAUUAAUCUAUAGACACAAUUUUUUCUCGGUAUAUUUCCAGAUUUGAAACAAUCAAGUGAGGCUGAGAAACGUAGAACGGCUAUUCAGGUAUUCAACAAGGUAUGUGUCUGGUUUAACGAAUUAAUUCCCUAUUUUUGGAGCAUGGACUGGUUGUAGCUAUAUAAAACUAUUUUAGUACUUUUUAGCCACUAUUUUGUAGUUAAAUAGUGGUGAACUAAAAAAUACCCGAUUUGGAUUGGUUACUUUUCGCACUUUUAAUUAACUGUAGUGACAUUAACUACCUUUUUUAUACAACCAGCCCCUGGUCCUUAUAUAAACGGCAAGUUCCGUAGGAAAAACAUUUUCCGGAGCACUCCUCUUAUUUUGUUUUGCUCUUUCAUUUUUCCCUCUCCUUAGGAAAAUCGUUGGCGCAAGCGAGGAAUGAGUAUUGUACCGUUGCGGUGGGGUGUGAUGUAUGUACCGGGCUUGCGAUUCACGGCUUAUGUAGCAAUAUUUCGUAAAGAUGGUACAGUGUGUAUAACACAUGGAGGAAUAGAGAUAGGACAAGGGAUAGACACAAAGGUAUUUAUAAUAAUAACCUACGCUUUACUGAUGAUGAUGUAUGAUGAUGACGAGGACGACGACGAGAUUUCUUGUUUGCAAAUACUUGCCAUCUUCUUACGCCAUUAUGCACACACGCCAUUAUUCUCGUAGUGGAUGCUCGUUUCACUACAACAUCUUUCAAAAAUCCCGUUGUCAUUUUAUCAGGCGUCAGUAUAUGCUGCCGUUAGAAGAUCCGGUAAGAAUAUGCUGUUUCCAAAUAACGAAAAUCGCAGUCGUACUCGUACCUUAAUCUAAAACUCCCUAAUAUGCCUUUGAUACUAUAGCUAAAGUUGUGAUUCUAAGCAGAAUUUCAACUAUUAUUUCUCUUUUUAAACGCUACCAGGCAGUUCAAAUCCGUGCCAUGGAUAAACAAAUAUUAUUCAGAUUUUGUCUUGUUUUAUUGUAGGUUUGUCAAGUUGCAGCCCACAUUCUUGGCUACGGUUUAACUGUUGAUCAGAUCUCAAUUCGAGCAGCAACAAGUUUUCUCAAUCCAAACGGUAUGUCUCUAAAUCUCUCUUUCUCUAUAGUGUGUUUUCACGCGAACCGCUGUGACGUCACUAGAAUUUAGCGUCCGCCAUGUUGGUGGAGUAAAACGCGUCACGUGCGAAGAAUUUACUAGUGCUAACUUAUAGCUGUGCCAAAUCUGUUCGAAACAUUCUUCAAUAUGCCUGCUUUUUGUGUAGUUUUAAACUGUUCAAAUGACAAAUCUAAACAUAAAGAUCUUUCUUUCUGCCGGGUGCCGAAAGUUAUUAAAAAUCAAGGGGAGCAAUUGGAUAUUUUGUGAACCGAACGCAGUCGAAGAUGGCUGUCGGCCAUAUUAAAUUAGAGUCGCCGACCGAAGGAAACGCAUCCAUGAGAAUACAGAAGAAAUGUUCAAAGAGAAGUUACAGAGAGUAAACGAACCUGGCGUGGUUGUUAAAUGUUUAUUUGAUCCUAUGACUAUGGAGAUAUCGAAGACAUCGCAAAAAAUUUGCCAGAAAACUUGAGAAACUCCGGCCAUAACACAAACAGACGUUUCAACCACAACAGUUGGCAUUAUGCACCAGUCAAUGUAACCCCCCAACCCCGAGGCUAUGCGGGGAUUAGCGGGGCAUUUGCAGUUUAUUAAUAUCCCUAUGAGCGGGGCAUUUGCUUCGUUUAGAUCUUCCUUUAGAACUGACCGAGGCUUUUGGCGGGGAUUUGACCAUGGAUUUGAGGUAUAUACUUCAUCACGGUACUUCAUCUAGCCCUCAUUAUACUGGCUUCGGCUCGGUGCUUUGACCACGCGCUUUGUCUUCACGUUUGUGUGUGAUAGUUUCGAUAUUUUUUGUAUUUUGAUCUUUCUUCACUCAUGCAUACCUUGCAUUAAAGUUGUUUUUAUUGUUAUAUAUUGUAAUAUUUAAUAUAAAAUUUGUAUUAAAACAAAUAAAGACAGUGAUAGGGCCACACAUGGAAAUUUGAAUAACAAUGCACGCAUUAAGUGUUGAAGCAUGAUCGAAUUAGGCAGUUUAAAUAUAAUUAUUUCGAUAUUCAUGAUUUAUCUAUGGCAAUAGGCAAGAAAAACACGAAAGCAAUUCAUAUAAACUUUAAGAUAUAACCAUAUUUAAUAUAAAUAUAAAGCACUUUUACUAAAUUGUCUUUUUGGUAUUGCAGUAUUGCAUUUUUUUUUAAUCGAAUUAGGUUUAAAAGGUUUUGAAAGCCCCACGUACAGGCCGGGGCAUUUGUCCAUUUCAACUGUAUGCGCAUGGCGGGGCAUUCGCUCUGAUUAGAAACGAAAAUAUCUAAUCCCCGCCUAAUGCCCGGGGUUGGGGGGGGGGGUUACAUUGACUGGUGCAUUAAGACAAGCGAGUGUCAUAAUUCUAUGCUUCAAUCUGAGUUUUAAUUUCUGGGUAAACCAUGUUCUGCUGACUUUUAUUGAUAGACAAACUAAUCUCCUUGCAAGGGCACAGAUGUUUUCAAGUUACAAGCAUCAUUACACUGUUAAAGUGUUAAUUGGAAUUACACCACAAGGUACAAUUUGCUUUGUCAGUGAAGCUUGGGGAGGGAGGACUUCAGAUAAGUUUCUGACUGAGAACUGUGGCUUUCUGGACAACCUUAUACCAGGUGAUUUGGUUCUGGCGGAUAGGGGUUUCACUGUCCAUUAAAGUGUUCAGUUUGCCAAGCCAAAUUGAACAUUCCGGCAUUCACAAAAGGAAAAGAGCAGCUUGAUUCUGCUGAUGUGGAACAGACAAGAAAGAUUGCUACAUGUCGAAAGAAUUAUUGGUUUACUGAGACAGAAAUAUACCAUUCCUCAACAAACUUUACCAACUGAUUACCUUAUUUGCAGAAAAGGAGAAUCUGUUCCUCUCAUUGACAGAAUGAUUCGAGUUUGCUCUGCACUAGUAAAUCUUUGCCCUCAUACUAUACCUUUUGAUUGAAGUAAAGUACGUAUUUUACAACAUAAUGUUUUCACCAAGAAACAGAAACACAUUCUUUCAACAUUUGAAAAUUUGGUGGUCAAGUCUGAGAACCUCUGUAUGGUGACCACUGGGCAACAGCAUGUUGUGUAUAUCAGGGGUAGAUUAGUAAGCUACUUUAAUUGUACUUUGUCAAAAAUUGACCCGUACUACGUCAAAAAGUGACCCUUACUGUACCCCUGUUUGUUUCACAACAUGCUGGCUAAUCUCAGCAAUAAUAUUUCAUGCAAUUCUCAUGGGGGCUUGUGAUAUGGGGAAUAAAUACAUUACUAUUUCAACUAGGCCAGUUUGAAUACCAUGAGCAUUGAAACAAUGUAAAAACCAUGUCUGUUCUGACUGUAUUAUUGGUUGGGGUUAAGUAAUUGAUUGGGCCACCCAAAGACUUAGGUUAUCGUUACUCAAAUUUGACACCACGCCUUUAAAUGGUGGCAAAUCAAAGUAUGGACUUUUGCCUAACCCCCCCCCUCCCCAAUUAAGCCAUAUUUUGUGUAAAGUGCUUAGAUUAGCCGACAACAGGUUGUGCAAAAGUUUGCAAUCGCACAGGGGUAGAUUAACACUUUAACAGACCAACAUAUGACAUUGUACGAAUAAUAUGCAAGAUAAAAUGUUGUCCAGUUAAACAAUGUAGGGGUCCUGGUGUGCUAAUCCACCCCGUGUUUACACAACAUGCUGUUGCCCAAUGGUCACCAUGUGGAGGUUCUCAGUCUUGUCCACCACAAAUGUUUAAUGUUUAGCAAAGUCUGUAAUAAUUUCAAAUGCAAAUUUUCAAAAAGAGUAAUGAGACCAGCUUUCAGGCAAGCAUACAAGUAAGUUCCAUCUGUAUUAAUACAUGUACUGUACAGGAUAUUUGGAUCCACCGAUCCAAUAUGAAAACCAGACUUGUCGCAAAAGCAAUUGCAAAUACACCACAAUCUGAAUCAUUUGACUGUUGCUGUAUUCGAGAGAUUUUGCAUGUUACGACAAAGGAAUCUCAUGAAUAAUUACUUUUUCUGCCUCGCUGUUUUGGUUUUAGUUCCGAAUUGCUGGCCGCCAUGUUGGAACUUCACUCCACCAACAUGGCGGCGUAUAAAAUUAAUUUAUGCCGUGACGUCAUGUGAAAACACACUAUAGACACAUUUGCCUAAAGUUUGUUUAUAGUCAUCUAAUUCACAACUUUAGAUAACUUGACUAUUGCUCUAGUUUAUAGAAGCAUAAAAUAAAACACAUGUAUUAUCUACAUUAAUAAAUACUAAUUCUCAGUAUAAAUAAUUCGCCAUGUCGCGAUGGCAACAGUGAUAUUGUCAAAACCGAGUUCUAAAUGUUCCACUAUGUUGUAUAUUUCCUCCAAGUUGAAAGGAAUGCACGAUCUGCAUUAUUAGGCGUGUAUACUGCGAAGAUGUUGGACAAAUAGGCACAACUGUAGGGAGCAUCUUUAACUGGUUCCUGGUUUAGUGUUUUAAAUUAUUUGUUUCCUAAUAAUUGCCACUUAAAAAAAGCCUCUGAAUUUGAUACAUGUCUCCUCAUUAAGUACCAAACAACAGAUUAGCGUAUGUACAAAAAGGGGCAGAAAGGGUGUGAUAUAUUCCAGGAAUUUACCGCACGUACUAUAUAGGUGCCUACUUCAAGCUUUUCGGCAGUCACCUUUCUGAAAAAAUAAUUACAUUCCCUACUCCUGUCACCUUUAGUAAACAAAUCUGAUAAACGAUCUCUUGAGAUGACGUUUUCCUUUCACAGGUGAUGGAACUGGGGGAAGUAUAACAAGCGAAAUAUGCUGCGAGGUGAUGUAUAUGUACAAACUUUCUUACAUGUACUUGUAUACUUUAACUUAUUAUUUAAACUAAGUCUAACCCGUCCAUGCAUCUUUGCUGCUGCUCCCUGAUCAAACAUGGUUCAUACGGUGGCACCUAAUUUUUUGUCACCCAUAACCGUUCUUGCCUUAUUCUGAAUCUAAACCUGAUACUCAAGAUUCCAUUUUGUAACACCAUGCACUACGAAUCAGAAUUCUCACUUCAACAGGAUAGUAAAAUAAUGGAACAGUGUUUGCAAAGUAGCUCAUCCGAAUCUUUCUCCGGUGUCAAGACAUUUAAAUGCAACUUUAUUAUUCUUAUUCCUUGUAAUUUGUACUGUACUACAGUAGAUGUAAAUCUGUUAUGAACUUGGUCAAAUGGUCAAUAUCGCGUGAUUGUCCUUGUCACAGGAGUUGACUGUAGUAUACUGUGAUUCGUUUUAGUGUAGGAAAACAAGCAACACAAACAGCGUGGUCGAGUUACAACACAAUCCUUUUAUUCCCGUACAGCAUUAUGGGAUAUGCAUAAAUUAUACUAAUAUGAACCUUAAUAUAUUACAUUGACGAUCUCAUUGUAUGAAUUGUUGUUAGUUUUCAAAAUGUUAACUGUUUAUUCUAUAUGUUGUGUACGUAUUUUGUUGGAAAGGUGUCUUGCAUGGGUAUAGUGUAUUAUGCCCUGUUCGCACCUCUUCCAUUUGGAUACAUUCUUAUGUGUAUGUUGUAUUUGUCCUAAAUUUUCAAAGCUGCAUGUUCGUUUUCCCAAUACAAUUAUAUUAGUUAUUUAACCUUGCAAGCUCUUGAGUUCACGUUUGAGCUAUAUUUUCUUUGCCAAUUCGGCACACACCUUAAUAUGCGACACUUGUUUAAAUUGAACUCCUUAUCAAAGCAAUCUUGUGAUGGUUUUGCUGUGCCUGUAAUUACUAUAUACCUUUGAGUUAUGACAUUUCGUGUAUACAUUUCUUGAUAAGAUUGUUAUUAUUCCUGUAGGCUAUCAUAAAUUGCUGUAAUAUGCUGAAGGAAAGAAUCUCGCCGAUUGCAAAAGAUAUGCCACAGGCAACAUGGGCGGAAAUUAUUGACAAAUGUUAUGGACUUGGUGUUGACUUGUCUGCAAAAUACAU